AUGAGUUAAAAAUUAUCAUCGAGAAAGAGAUCGACAUCUAAAAAGAGAGAAGAGGUAAAAUAGAAGGCAGUUCUCAAACAAGAAAUCUCAAAAGAUCUAGAGUUGAAUUUCUUAAAGGACAGAUUACUAUUUUAUGUCGAAAAGUUGCUGAUUUUCAACUAAAUCAAUUAGAAUCCAACCAUUUUAGAGUUUUAGAAUGCAAUAUCUGUCAUUUCAGGCGACUAGCUAAAUGAGAUUAUGGAGGAGAGAGUGUCUCUAAGUUUAUGCUGCAAUAUAUCAUGCUAAGCUAAAGUGAGUCAGGAGAUUAAAGAUAAGUUUACUAAGAGAAAACUUAACAUCAAUAAGUUUGGAAACAUUGAGAAGAUUGAAUAAGUAAGAAUCUUUUGUGAUAAGCCAAGUAAUAAAAGUGAGUCUAAGUGUGAGUAGAGCUACAAAAAUUACCUACAUUAAGUGUUGAACAUAAAUGAUAAUGGACCAUUCAGUAGUUAAUUCUUGGGAGUUGUUGACACACUUGAGAGGUAUUACAAAAACUUAGAAGACUUUACAAAUGAGAUGUCGUUUAACAUAGAUGUUGUGAAAGUGCAAUAAUCUGUUGAAAAAUUCAGGCAAGAGCAAGCUAAGUUGAUUGCUCCAAUAGUUGAAAAUAAAUUUGAGGAAGUGAAGGCAAAGGCUAAUUUUAAGGUAAAUGUAGUCUCGAAUAGAGGUAAUCCUCAUCAAGCAUAAACUAAGAAAUAAACCAGCUAAUUAGAGACCUAAGUAACUAUAACCUCAGAAAAUGAAGCAAAGAUGGGAAUUGCAUCAAUAAACAGUCUUCAAUAAUAAUCCAUAACUAAUCAAACUGUAGAUAUUAAAGAUCAGAGUUAAAAUAAAUAGAAGAAAAAGAGUGUGAAAUUUCUAGAGACGGAAGAAAAUCUCUUGAAUGAUAAGCGAGCAGAGUUAAAAGAGGAAGCUGCUUUAUUGUAAGAGAUAGUUAAGGAUUAAUAAAAGUCAACUGAUAAUGUUAGCAAGAGUGAUGCAACAAGUGAGAAUGAUGAUUUCGGAGUUUUUGAGUUUGACGACGUUGAGGGUGAGCUUGAAGACUUUAGAAUUAAUGAAAUGAGCUCAUUUUAGAAGGUCUUCGAUCUAUUCCUUAAUCUUAAUAAUGAUAAUCUGUAUUACUAUCUAAAUGGUAGGAAAUCAUUUGAGGAUAGUGACCAAUAUCUUAAGACCUCAACUAGAGACUUCUUUCUAAGGUAGUUGAAGAUAAAUCUAGAAGAUUAAGUCCUACCUCGCUGCUAAUAAGCUCUUAAAAAGGGUCUAAAAGAUAGAGUUGAAAUGGAGAUAGUCAGAAUUGCGCAGCUUAUGGAUUUGGUUUCACUAGCAAGUUCCUAUGAUAAAAAUGACUGGAAAUCGAUAACAGUGGUAAUAGUAAAUCUAGUGGGGAAGAGCUUUUCAAAUAACUUUAAAUCUGACCUUCAAUGCCAGGAUUCAUCAGCAUUCAUUAAAGCAUACUUAAUACCAGAUGACAGUGAGCAAAUAAUCAUUGACCUUUUCAAUUGA